AUGGCCCGCACCAGCAGCACCACCCGCCUCGCGGUCCUCUCAGCCUCCGCGCUGCUCCUCCCCGGCGUGGCCGCCUGGGGCGCCAUGGGCCACGAGGCCAUCGCCUACGUCGCCAGUAACUUCGUGGCGACGGGCACCAAGACGUACUUCCAGGACCUGCUGGGCGACACGUCGGCCGACUACCUGGCGUCGGUGGCGUCGUGGGCCGACAGCUACCGCUACACGUCGGCGGGCGCCUUCUCGGCGCCCUUCCACUACAUCGACGCCCAGGACAACCCGCCGUCCAGCUGCAGCGUCGACCUCGACCGCGACUGCGGCGACGACGGCUGCGUCGUCACCGCGCUGGCCAACUACACCACUAUCAUCCUCGAUAGCGGGAAGACCAAGGCGGCUCGCGCGAUGGCUGCUAAGAUGGUCAUCCACUUCACAGGCGAUAUCGGCCAGCCCCUGCACUGCGAGAACCUCGAGACGGGUGGCAACGGCAUUGACGUGAGCUACGACGGCGAGGACACCAACCUGCACGCCAUCUGGGACAGCGACAUCCCCGAGUCCAUCUCCGGCGGCUCUACGCUGGCGUCGGCCAAGUCGUGGGCUACGUCUCUGACCACUGCCAUCAAGUCCGGCACCUACAAGUCCCAAGCCGCCAGCUGGGUCGAGGACGUCAGCGUCAGUUCCAAGUCCGACAUCGAGGCGAUGGCUGUAGAGUGGGCGACCGAGAGCAACGCGUACGUGUGCUCGACGGUGCUGGUCGGCGGCGUGUCCGCCGUCGAGGACAAGGAGCUCGACGGCGCCUACACCACCAAGGCCCAGCCCGUCGUCAGCCUCCAGAUCGCGAAGCAGGGCUACCGGCUCGCCAAGUACCUGGAUGCCAUUGUGGCUGCUGCUUAA